CGUCAGCUGUUUUUUUUAACAUUGGUGGUUGCAGGACAGUUGCAGUCGGUCUCCAUGCAACAAAUGUGACUGGCGUAUUGAUCAAACAAAAUAGCCGCAUUGAGUGAAAUGUAAAAACAAGCAGAGCACAGUGGACGCUAUGGAAUCGGAGAAACUGAAUGAUUUAAAUCGGCAAAUCAGUGAGAUUAAGAAGCGCAUUUUGCUGGCUGAGGGCCAGAAGACGGCCAAUGCAGCCGAGUGGCAGAAGCAGAACCGCAUCAACUGCGAUACGAUUGCAACGCUGAAGAAGGAUAUUAAGGAGUUGACGGUCAAGGUAAGUCGUCUGCGACAUCCGCUGCAGCGAUCGGUGGUCAUUAAGGAGUCCACCUCUGAGCCGCGCAAGAAGCAGAGCGCCACGCCCACCAUWAUUGUGGGCAAGGCUACAUAUCCGAUUGGAGCCAAGAAUGCCGAUGAUGCCAUUUUUUUGACUGACCUAAAGAUAACCGAGAGUCGCAAGCAGAUGGAUCUGCUGCGUCAUCGGUUCAAGACGCGCCAGCAGCACUUCAGCAAGUUGGUGGAAAAAUAUCGGGAGCUGCUGGCCAACAAGGAGGCACAAAGUCAAAACUUGGGCGAGAAGCCACCGGAGACACUUGAGGAGGACGCCAAUCGGAAGCUUGUUUGCCAGCUGGAGAAUGAGAUACAUCGCACCAAUGUGCAGUGGAUGGAGGCUGAGCACAUACGCAAAAAAUAUCGAGCGAUCGAGGCUUCACUCAUGACUGAUGCGGAGCGCUUCGAGCGCAGCCUACGCGAGCUGGAGCAGUCACUGAGCGAGCAGAAGCUGGAGAUCGAACGGCUGCAACAGGUGCACAAUGAAGCCAUCGAAAUGCGGGAUGCGGCCAAGGUCGUGCUGCAGCGCCAGGAGCAGCAGGCCAAUCUCUCGCAGAAGACGCGCGAGCGGCAGGCCUUGGACUUUCGCAAGCAGGUGGAGGCGCGCAAGCUGGAGCUGGAGCGCAUUGGACGCAAGCUAUUCGCAGAGACCAAGACACUCGUCCAUCAGGACAGUGUGGGCUCCAGCUCGGGCGACCAGCACACGGCCAAGACAGAGAACGGGGAGGAGGAGCCGGUCUCACAGCUGGAGAGCGUCACCAGCGACAUGGAGUCCCUGUUUAAGCAGCUAAUGGAGGCAUCGGGCGCCACCUCACCCUUCGAGGUCUUUGAGCGCUUCAGCGCUCAGAAGGAGUCAGCUGCACGUCUCACAUAUUUGCGAAAGGCAGCCGAAGCCGAAAAGGCCAAUUUGGAGGCAGAACGUGAGGCGCUCGCCAGCGAGCUGGAGGCAUCCAAGUUUUCGGACGUCAAAGAGAGCGAAGUCAACCAGGAGGUCAUCGAACAAAUCAAAAAUGACAUCGCUGCCAAGGAGGAGGAGCGCAAGAAGGACACAGAUGCCGCCGACAAGUCCAUGGGUGUGCUGAAAUACCUGAAGGAGCGCAUCUGCGAGAUGAUAUUCAAGGUGCAGGAGGUGGACGAGAACAACAUUGACAUGCAGGAGCGCAAGCUGCACAUCACCGUGGCUGAGCUGCCCAACUUUCUGGCACAUGUGGCGCAGGACGAGGACCUAAUUGAGAUCCUUAAGCUGAAAAUUAAACGCUGUCAAGAGCUGAGCAAACCGGACGAUAUACCACCCCUCGAAAUACCCAAUCUGGACAUAGAGGACGAGGAGGAGGAUGUGUAUCCGUCAGAGCCACCCAAAUCCCCAUCCGUGCCCGAGGGCGAGAAGCCGCCGCCUAUGCCCAUGUGCUACUACAAUUUAUUCGCAGGACGCUCGCAACGAGCGGCAGGCACUUCGUCCUCCUCUCCGGAGCAGGCGCCGGCAGUGGUGGCCACAACGGACGAUGACAACGAGGUGCCGUCCCGCAACUUCUUGAAGCGCCAGUCUGUGCUCAUUGUGGACUCCAAGUCCCGACGGAAGCCUUUCCGACCUCCGCCCGGUGGCAGGCGCAAAUAA